GAGCCACGCUGCAGAUGGAAUUUGAAGUUUUAGGGUGGGACUAUUACAUGACCCAGAAUGCAUUCUGCUAUAUAUAAUGAAUCUCCCCGAAAUCCAGUGCAAAAAUCAUUUUCAGAAACUGUCAUCAAGCAUGUUGCGGCUCUGCGUAGCUCUCUGCGUGCUGGCCACGUGCUGGGCGCAAGAUUGUCUGGUGAGCAACAUCCCCGUCAAACAAGACUUUGACAAAUACAAGUUUCAGGGAACAUGGUACGCUGUGGCCAAGAAAGACCCCGUUGGACUUUUCCUUCUCGAUAACAUUGUAGCCACUUACAAAAUAGAGGAGGACGGAACCAUGACGGCAAGUGCCAUCGGCAGAGUCAUCAUUCUGAAUAACUGGGAGAUGUGUGCCAACAUGUUUGGUACUUUUGAAGAUACUGAAGAUCCCGCCAAGUUCAAGCUGAAAUACUAUGGAGCUGCUGCGUAUCUCCAGACCGGAUAUGAUGACCACUGGGUCAUCGACACCGACUAUGAGAACUACGCAGUGCACUACGCCUGCAGAGAGCUGGAUUAUGAUGGAACCUGUCUGGAUGGCUAUUCUUUCAUCUUCUCCCGACACCCUGAAGGCCUCAGACCCGACGAUCAGAAGAAUGUGACGGCAAGGAAACAGGACGUUUGCCUCCUGGGCAAAUACAGACGUGUUGAACACACGGGCUUCUGUAACACAGCCUGAAUCAUCACUUCGCAGGAGGGAAACUGAGGAUGUAUUCUUUGACCUUUUACAUGUCUAGUUAAUAUGUAAAUAAGUAAACAGUAUAUUAAAGAUAGCAUAAUAAAUCUGCACACAGCAAAUGUGAAUAUAAUUGUUUAAAGCAAAAUAAGUGUAACCUUACUUUUUCAAAUAAACCUAAAUAAUCCUAAAACAAAAUGUGAAUGAUUGAAUUCAGUGAUCCAGAAAAUUUCACAAAAAGUUUUCUCGCAGGUUCAACCAAUCAACUUCAGAAUGAGUGUAAUCAGACAACCCCUCACCGACACGCAACUCGCGUGGUUGCAAACAUAUAACUUAAAAAUAACCAUCAAGGAAUGUUGUGUUCCAAUAAAGUUGAAAAGAUUUAAGUUAAAAAGGUUUUAAGUUUAAAAAAGGUUAUAGUUUGACAUUCUAAAAAUGUUAUUUGACGGUUGCAAAAGUAAAGCCUAAAGAGAACAUUUCUAGGAUAUUAGGCUAUUAUUUGGUUGUCAAAAAACCCAGAAUGGGAACUAAAUACUAACAUUCUUUUUAGGUUCAUUCAUACUUGAUUGGUGGUCUAUAAGUGGUAACUGAGCGCAAUAAAUACUGUGACACCUGAUCGCAAGAAUUCAUAAAUAAUGUACGAGGUGGCUACAUUGUAUGAAUUCGCAGGGCUGGGGAGUAACGAAAUACAUGUAACUUAGUUACGUAUUUAAAAUGCUAAAUUUGAGUAACUAUUUCAUUACAGUUACUUUUAAAUGGGUGGUAAUCAAAUUACAGUUACAUCUGAAAAUUAUUUUAGACUACCAAAGGGAUUACUUGGAAUUUUAAUGUCAUCGAUUUCAUUUAAACAUUAAUAUAAACUGUAACAGGCAAUUAAUGUAAACAGCAAUUGGUGAUUCUCUGACUUCUCUGACAAAAGCAUUAUAAAAAGUAGUUAUGCUCAUAAGUUUCAUACCCCUUGCCGAAUAUGCAAAAUUGGAAUAAUUUUAACAAAAUAAGAGUGAUCUGGGUUCAUAGAAAUGUCAUAUAUUAUUUAGUACUGUCCUGAAUAAAUGUGAUAGUUGUUUGUGAAUUUCUUGUUUAGUUCAUUUUUAGGCAAUUGCGACUUUUUGUGUCACAGUACUGACUUUAACGCAUAAUUUCGACUUCUUUUCUUAGAAUUGUAGACUAUAAUGUCUAAUGAGGCAAAACUGUAAAACUGAUGUUGUUUAAAAUAACAAGCAGAGGAACGCCAAGUCCUCUGUUUGUUGAUCCCUUUGUUUUAUGUACCUUAUUAGUAUUCCAAAGUAUUCUUUUAGCCCCUCCCCUAAACCAAACAUUACUGGCACUAAAGCCGUACUGAAAUGUACGAAUAAGAUUUAAAUGUACGAAUUAGCCACCUCGUAAAAAUAGUUACGAAUUCCAUGAGAUCGUGUUGGUCACACAAUUCCACAAUUCCAGCCACAUAUACAGUAUAGUAACUAUAUAACCCAUACACCCCACCACAUUUUUUUUAAAUAUUUGAAUUAUGUAUGAAUAUAUUAUAAUAAAUACUCAAAUGUCGCCAUAAUAAAACUAUUUCUAGUAAAUUGUAUAAACUAUAUACUAUAACAAUGUAUUAUAUUUCUAAAUAAAGUUUUCUCUUUA